UUUCUAAAUUGAAAAUUUCGGCAGUUUGGUUUAGGGUAGAUCAUGCAUUUUUGUUCAAUUCCAAUUUUACUCUUCAAAUUAAAUUUAUUUCCACCCACUUCUCUUUUAAUAUAUACUAGUACUAUUUUUUUUUUCAAUUUUCAUUUAUAUUAUUUUAAUUAAAUUUAUUUAAAACACACUUCUUGCAAAUUUGAUCUAUCCUUCCACAUUACCCAUCGAUUUCUGAUCUUCUCCUGCCACAAAACAUCCAUCAAUUGCUUAGGGUUUCUCCGUCAGUUUAGUCACCCAAUUCCGCCAUGGUAGCGAGCUCGCCGCGAACAGGAUCAAAGCUGCUUCUUCGGGGAAAGAUCAUCUCACUAAUUUCCCGCACUUUCGCCACUAUCGAGGAACCGAUGUCAACGUGACCCGUAGCUACAGUAGCUCCUGUCCCUUUAGCAGCACAUAUUGAUGAAUACUCUGAAGGAGAACACCAGCUAUGCCAUGAUCAAGCGAACCUACGAACGCGCAUUUCACAUAAAGCAGCUCAUAUCAUACUCUGUAAAAUGUCUUAAGUCGAGACCUUGGUUGAAUCAUCCACAGGAAGCCUCUCUGUGCCCAUCGUUUAAAUCAUAGAGGAUAAGAAGUCUCAAGUGGUGUAUGCCAGAAGCCCUCUAUCCAGAAAUGAAACGACAAAGGAAACAAGAUUUCCUCACAUAUCUACCAUCACAAAUCAUCACCAGUAUCCUUUCAAGCCUUCCCAUUCGAACCAUUGUACAAUACAAGUGUGUUUGCAAACAAUGGCUCCAUCUGCUUGAGACUGAUGAGUUUGUCCGUUCACAUCUUGCUAUAUCAGUCCCCACUCUGGCUGUCUUGACACCAACAUGGAAACCAUGUCCGAACUCAAUUUCUGAAUCUGAAUAUGGAGAGAGGACUCGCAGCCUACCUGUCAUCCUACAGAGAGACUCAAGUUUGUGCAUAGUUUUCGAAUUUGAAGAUGACCAAAAUCUUGAGCGCCACGAUCAUCACUUCAGCCCACUGACCAAUUUUGAUUUCCCUCACAGUGCAGAAAUAAAGGGUUCUGCUAAUGGCUUGCUUUUUCUAUCCAAGCCUCGCAGUGAAGCUCACAGUGAAGAUCAUUAUGUAUGUAAUCCGAUUACCCGUGAGUAUGUUGAGGUUCGUUGCCCUAAAGAAUUAGUCCAUCUGUUUCCAAACCAAUUCACUUGUCCUGAAGUUGAGUUGUUUUUCCCCCGUUAUCCUCAACCUGCAACUUAUGGAUUUGGAGCGAGCAAAAUAACUGGCCAACAUAAGGUGGUGCGGAUUUUCCAUGGUCGUGUCACUGCUCCUGGAGGGAGGAGGAUCGUUCCUAUAUUUGAGUGUCAUGUUCACACUCUUGGAACAGGAUCUUGGAGACGUGUUGAAUCUAGUGCCCCGUUCCAGUAUAGUACUGAUGCCACUUGUGUAUUUCUUAAUGGUAAUCUUCACUGGAUAGUAUCGGAUGCUGUUAGCGACCUUUGGAUUUCGUGCUUUGAUCUUGAAACAGAACGUUUUAGCAUCUUUCCUACUCCUCUCCUUUAUGAAGAAUGCGACGCACUUAUUGUGGGCUUGUCGGUUUUGGGGGAUUGCCUGUGCUUAUGUUAUCACACUGAGGAAGAUGAAACUGUUAUAUGGCUGAUGAAAGAAUAUGGAGUUGACGAAUCUUGGACAAGGGAAUAUGUCUUCAACAUAAAGGAAUAUCCUAAUAUUGAAGGCUCUAGCUCUAUUUGUCCUAUCAAAGUUUUCAAAGAUGGUGACAUUUUGAUGUCACUAGAUGACGGGGACGAACUCAUCUACUACUCCAACAAGACUCAAACUGCUCAUGAAAUUAGUCUCUCUGGUGUAGUAGAUGGUGAACUUUACUCGAUCCUUUUCACUCCCAGUUUUCUUUCACUCAAAAGUUUGAAAAUGGAGAAUGUUAUCUCAUUUUGAUUGUUUGUAUUUCAAGAAAGCAAAUCUGCAUUGCUUUUGCAGUAGAUGAAACCUAAGUAUAUGUUGAUGUAUAUGUGAUUUUCAUGUUUGAGGUUUGCAA